AAGGAGGCGGAGUCUAGUUUCCCUGGUGACGGGUUUGCCCGGCGGUCGCCUGGUAACCGGUCGCGGCGGUCCUGGCUGCGGCAGCUCAGGCUGCGAAGGCCGCCGAGGUCUGUGGGCCGGAGCCCACGCCGGGCUCUUUCUUCCUGCUCUGUGAUGGCGGCCGCGGCGGCAGUAGUCACGCCGUCAGGUUUAGAGGAUGGAGUGUCUCGGUCCCGCGGCGAAGGGGCAGGGGAGGUGGUCGUGGAGCGGGGGCCCGGCGCGGCCUACCACAUGUUCGUGGUGAUGGAGGACCUGGUGGAGAAGCUGAAGCUGCUCCACUACGAGGAGGAACUCCUCCGGAAGAACAACCUGAAGCCCCCGUCCAGACACUACUUUGCACUGCCUACCAACCCUGGUGAACAGUUCUACAUGUUUUGCACUCUUGCUGCUUGGUUGAUUAACAAAGCAGGACGCCCCUUUGAGCAACCUCAAGAAUAUGAUGACCCUAAUGCAACUAUAUCUAACAUAUUAUCUGAGCUUCGAUCAUUCGGCAGAACUGCAGAUUUUCCUCCGUCAAAAUUAAAGUCAGGUUAUGGAGAACAUGUAUGCUAUGUUCUUGACUGUUUAGCAGAAGAAGCAUUAAAAUAUAUUGGUUUCACCUGGAAAAGACCAACAUACCCAGUGGAAGAAUUAGAAGAAGAAACUGUCCCAGAAGAUGAUGCAGAAUUAACAUUAAAUAAAGUGGAUGAAGAAUUUGUGGAAGAGGAGACAGACAAUGAAGAAAACUUGAUUGAUCUCAACGUCUUAAAGGCCCAGACAUAUCGCUUGGAUAUGAACGAGUCUGCCAAACAAGAAGAUAUUUUGGAAUCCACAACAGAUGCUGCAGAAUGGAGUCUCGAAGUGGAACGUGUACUACCACAAUUGAAAGUCACGAUUAGGACUGACAAUAAGGAUUGGAGAAUCCAUGUUGACCAAAUGCAUCAACACAAAAGUGGAAUAGAAUCUGCUCUAAAGGAGACUAAGGGAUUUUUGGAUAAACUUCAUAAUGAAAUUAGUAGGACUCUGGAAAAGAUCGGCAGCCGAGAAAAGUACAUCAACAAUCAGCUUGAGCACUUGGUUCAAGAAUAUCGUGCAGCUCAAGCCCAACUGAGUGAGGCAAGGGAGCGGUACCAGCAGGGCAAUGGCGGGGUAACGGAAAGGACCAGGCUCCUGUCUGAGGUGACAGAAGAACUAGAAAAGGUAAAGCAAGAAAUGGAAGAAAAAGGCAGCAGCAUGACUGACGGCGCUCCCUUGGUAAAGAUUAAACAGAGCUUAACAAAGCUGAAGCAAGAAACCGUUCAGAUGGACAUCAGGAUCGGUGUUGUGGAACACACAUUACUCCAAUCAAAACUGAAAGAGAAGUCCAACAUGACUAGGGACAUGCAUGCAACAAUCAUUCCAGAAUCUGCAAUAGGCUCUUAUUAAAACAUACUGUUUUUCAUGCUUCUGA